AUGCUUUUAUUAAGUUUCUUCGCUGGAGCCAUAGUCCUUUGUACUAUCGCCAUAGUGCGUGGUCGUCGCAAGAAGUCUCUGCCCCUUCCGCCGGGCCCGCCACGAAAAUUCCUUGUUGGAAAUCUAGGCGAUCUUCCAAGUCCAGGUCAAAAGGAUUGGAUCCACUGGGCAAAGCAUAAGGAGCUCUAUGGGCCUAUCAGUUCACUGACUAUUCUCGGAAGACACAUUAUUAUACUCAAUGAUGCGAAAUUAGCUACACAGCUGCUGGAAAAGCGAUCUUCUAUUUACUCAUCGCGCCCUGAUCAAACAUUUCCCGAGCUGUCCGGAUGGGACAAAAUUCUGGGGGCUGCAAGAAACCCAGAGCAUGUCCGAAAGACUCGCAAACACCUACAUCAAGAGAUAGGGUCAAACAAGAAUGUGGCGAGGUUCGAGGAUAUUCAAGCAAUGGAAGUGGGUCGGUUUCUGCUAAGAGUAUUUGCUGAGCCGGAGAAGCUCCAGCAGAACAUACGAAAAGAAGCUGGUGCGAUUGUUUUGAAGAUGGCUUACGGCUAUACAAUUGAACCUCAUGGUAGCGACCCGCUUGUCGAUUUGGCCGACAAGGGAAUGGAGGACUUUUCUUUCGCUUUGCUCCCAGCCACAUGGGCCGUCGAAUUCUUACCAUUUGCGAAAAUCGCCAAAGACUCAAAACUCAGAGCAGCAGCAUUCAGUGAUACUCCAUACGCGUUUGUCAAAGAUCAAAUGAAGAAUGGCACUUUUGUCCCAUCUUUCCUAUCCAAUCUUUUGCAAGAAAAUCCCGUGGAACAAGGUACCGAAGACGAGACCAUUAUCAAAUGGUCAGCGGGUUCUCUGUACGCUGGCGGAGCAGAUACUACUGUAUCUGCUAUUGCUACCUUCUUUCUUGCCAUGGCGCUCUUCCCCGAAGUGCAACGCAAGGCCCAGCAGGAGCUCGACAGAGUAGUUGGCACUAGUCGGCUACCACAAUUCCGUGAUCGAGAGGACCUAGUGUAUAUCAACGCACUGGUCAAAGAGGUCCUUCGAUGGCACCCAGUCGUGCCUGUGAACUUGGCACACUCACCGACUCAAGAUGAUACGUGCGAGGGAUAUCUCAUUCCCAAGGGGUCAUCAAUCAUUGCGAAUAUUUGGGCGUUUACUCGUGAUCCACUUACGUACAAGGAUCCGAUGUCUUUCAACCCAGAACGCUUCCUGGAUUCUCCAGACGGCUCUCCGCCAGAGCGAGAUCCACACAUGCUUGUCUUUGGAUACGGGCGCCGGGCCUGUCCUGGUCGCACUUUGGCUGAUGCGAAUGUGUUUCUUACUAUAGUGCAGUCGCUAGCUGUUUUCAAUAUUGCAAAGCCAAUUCGAAAUGGGAAAGUUGAGGAGCUUUCAAUCGACUUUGUGCCUGGAGUUAUCAGUCAUCCAGCACCGUUCAUGUUGUCUAUUCAGCCUCGAAGUACAGCACAUCGGGAACUCAUCCAGUCACUGGAACAGCUUUAUCCCUGGGGCGAUAGCGAUGCACACAGUCUGGCUGCUUUACAGGUUUAG